UUCGAAUAUUCUUUAAGAGUUAAUUAUAUGAAUGAAGCUAAGCUAUGACCAGAGGAAUGGGAACAAUGUAUGACAUGUUUGAUAGUAAACAGAGCUUUGAGUUUUAUUUUUUCCAGAAUCUUGAAAGAAUGCAUUAGCAUUUUUAUAAAUUAUUAUUCUGUACGUGCUAUUUACACAACUAGGUAAUAAGUAUUAAAAUGUAGGAUUGUUGUAAACAUGGGCAUGUGCCGAUGAAUAAAGAAGAAUAAACGAAGUUCCUCACAAGCUGUAUCUAAUCCAGUUUUAACCUCAUUUACCAAGAAUCACAAUCACAAUCUAACAACCCAAAUUCUUGUUUGUUUCACUAUUCUUCCGAUCACUUCCUUUCUUCUUCCCUUGUGAUCUUUCGGUUCCUGCAUGACCGAUAAAUCAUGGCUCUGGAAUUAGUGGGUGGAGCUUUUCUCUCUUCAUUUCUCUCUGUUUUGUUUGAUAGACUUGCCUCUCGUCAAGUAGUUGACUUCAUCUCCAAACAGAAAGUCAACUAUGGAUUGCUCAAGAAGUUAAAGAUGAAGUUGAUUUCCGUGAAUGCAGUGCUCGAUGAUGCAGAGGAGAAGCAAAUCAGAAACCCGCAUGUGAGGGCAUGGCUUGACGAGCUUAAAGAUGCUUUGUAUGUUGCAGGGGACUUGCUCGAUGAGAUCAAUACCGAAGCUCUACGUGGUCAGGUACACAAUCUCAGCUCUACUAAUUCAUUAGAUGAAUUUGACAAAACUAUGGAGCACAAGUUAUUGGAGACUCUUGAGAGAUUAGAACAUAUUAUGAAGGAAAAAGAUGAGUUUGGUUUGAUAGAAAGUCUCAAAGAUAAACCACAACCAGCAAGAUUACUUGAAGCUUCUUCUCUGGUAAAUGAUGUUGAUGUGUAUGGAAGGGAGAAGGACAAGAAGGUCAUCGUUGACUUGUUGUUAUCGGACAGUGCAAUCAAUGAUAAGCUAAGUGUGAUUCCUGUCGUGGGCAUGGGUGGGAUCGGUAAGACAACUCUUGCUCAGCUUGUAUACAACAAUGAAAGAGUAAAGCUACAUUUUGACCUCCAAGCAUGGGUUUGUGUAUCUGUAGAAUUUGAUAUUCCUAGAAUAACACAAAAACUGUACGCGUCAAUUACUUCACAAUCUUGUGGUGUGACAGAACUUGAUCUGCUUCAAGUUAAGCUGAAGGAACUUUUGACAGAAAAGAAGUUUCUCCUUGUUCUAGAUGAUGUUUGGAAUGAGAAUAAUAUCGACUGGGAUGCAUUUAUGCGUCCCUUUGAAUCAGGAGCCAGAGGGAGUAAGAUUAUUGUCACGACACGCAGUGAAGGUGUUUCUUCUGUGAUGGGUACUGUUGCAAGUCACCGUUUGAUGCAAAUGUCUGAGGAGGAUUGUUGGUUGUUAUUUGCAAAGCAUGCCUUCAAAAAUGCUGAUGUGCUGAGAUCAAAUCCAAAUCUUGAAGUAAUUGGAAGACAGAUUGUUAGAAAAUGUAAAGGCCUUCCUUUAGCUGCAAAGUCACUUGGAGGCCUCUUACGCUCUGAAUUGAGUAUUGGGAAAUGGGAAAACAUACUGAAGAGUGACUUAUGGGACUUGUCAGAUAGGGAGAUGAACAUUCUGCCUGCUUUGUGGUUGAGCUACCAUCAUCUGCCUUCACAUCUGAAACGUUGUUUUGCCUAUUGUUCGAUAUUUCCCAAAGGUUAUGAAUUCAAAAGCUCAGAGUUAGUUCUGUUGUGGAUGGCUGAAGAUCUCUUGCAACCAAAAAGGAAGAUAACGUUGGAAAAAGUUGGAGAGGGAUACUUCGAUAUUCUAACCUCAAGGUCACUUUUCCAACAUUUAUUUGAUAAUUAUCGUCAUGAACCGAUUUUCACCAUGCAUGAUCUCAUACAUGAUCUGGCAAAGUUUGUAUCAGGAGAGUUUUCUAUUAGGUUGGAAGAAGAAGAGUCAAUCAACAUUGUAAGCAAAGCUCGUCACUUUUCAUAUAUGAAGACAAGUGAUCAUGGCUUUGAGAAAUUUGAGGCUUUAUAUAGGGCCAAGUAUCUGCGCACCUUCCUACCAUUCCGACCGUAUUCUCCACAUCAAUACUUUCCAAUGUCAAAUAAGGUACUAUAUGAUCUAUUGCCAAUUCUACAACAUUUAAGAGUGCUCAAUUUAUCAGAUUAUGAUAUUAAGGAGAUGCCUGGUUCAAUUUGCAACUUGAAACAUCUAAGGUACUUGGAUUUGUCUCGCAGUUCUAUUGAAAAAUUGCCUGAUGCAUUGUGUAGCUUGUAUAAUUUACAAACAUUAGUGUUGCGGAAUUGUGGAGCUAUUUCCAUGUUGCCAAGCCAUUUCGGGAGACUAAUCAACUUGCGCCAUCUUGAUGUUCGAGGGACACGGUUAAAAAAGAUGCCACCAAACAUGGGUAAACUGAAAGAUCUGCAACUUUUAACUGACUUCAUAUUGGACAAGCAUAGUGGCUGUAACAUUGCAGAGUUAAAGGAGCUUCAGAAGUUGCGCGGAGCACUUUAUAUUUCAGGGUUGCAGAACAUUAUCCAUGUUGGAGAUGCCAUGAAGGCCAAUAUGAGGAACAAGAAGUAUAUCACUGAGCUAGUCUUGAAAUGGGGAGAUGAUAUUGAGGAUUCACAAAAGGACAGAGAAAUCCUGGAGACUCUCCAACCCCAUGCAAACCUAAAAGAACUUGUAAUUGAAUUCUAUGGGGGUACAAGGUUUCCGGAUUGGUUAGGAGAUGAGUCUUUCACCCACCUAGCUUCUGUUAGGUUUUCAGAUUGUAAGUUCUGUUGCUUCUUGCCACCACUUGGGCAGUUACCCUCCCUACGAACACUUUGGAUUCAGAGAUUAAAUGAAGUAGUGUCUAUAGGUCCUGAGUUUUAUGGUGGCAAUAGUAAUGGUGUAUUGAAGCCAUUUCGAUCUCUGAAAGAACUGCGGAUUAUGAAUAUGUUGGAGUGGCGAGAAUGGGAUGAUAUUAGUGGUAACACAGAAGGUGGAGUUUUUCCUAAUCUUUGUGGUCUCCAUGUUAGUAAUUGUCCCAAGCUAACUGAGAUAUUACCAUUGGAUAACUUCCCAACGCUUGAAUGGCUAGAGUUGUGGAAUCUGGAAUCCUUCAGUGGUUCACUCUCACAAGAAUCUCAUUGCAUUGUGAACCUCUUUCUUGGUAGAUUGGAAAUAUGGGGUUGCCCAAAUUUUGUAAGUUUUCCUAGUUAUGGAAGGAUAAAUGCUCCCAAAUUGGCAGAUUUGGAUAUCCGUACAUGUGUGAAGUUUCGGUCAUUUCCAGAACAGAUGCACACCUUUGCCCCAUUUCUUCAGCAUUUGACCAUACGAAAUUGUCCAGAAUUUGAAUCAUUUCCAGAAGGGGGAUUACCACCGGCAUUGAAAUCCCUCGAGUUUCAUUGCUAUGAAAGACUCUUAGCAAGCCGCACACAAUGGGGUCUACAAAGACUAAGCUCUCUUAGGAAGUUGAUAAUCAGAUUCAAGGAAUGUGAAAUAGAAGCGGAUUCAUUUCCUGAGGAGGGGAUGCUGCCUACCUCCCUCACACAUCUCUCCUUCUCCAAUCUCCCCAAUUUUAUGAGGAUAGAUGGGAAGGAGCUGAACCGCCUCAUUUCUCUUGAAGAUUUGACGAUAUUGGACUGCCCUGAGCUCCGGUGCUUGCCAGAAGAAGGGCUCCCGAGUUCUCUUUCUCAACUGAGAAUUUGGGGAUGCCCUUUGCUUGUAGAACGAUGCCAGAGAGACAAAGGCAAAGAUUGGCCUAAGAUUUCUCACAUUCCUCACAUAACCAUUGAUGGAUGUGAAAUAUGAUCACUCUAUUCAUUCUGCCAGGACACCAGGAAGCCAACCAGCUAGCUGUAAGUUGCAGGUAAUGAAAGUUGUUCUCUCUGAUCAUGUACAUUGGAUGUCUUGAUGCUCAGAUGGUCCAAAUUAUGCUUUCAAGUCAUAUGAAGGAUCGACGUAUGCAGGGCAUGGAACUCUCGAUUUUGUGAUAUUGACCGAGAUUAUCUACUUUAAGGAAGCUGUAUUUUGGAUUUUUGGUGAUGGGAAAUGGCUUUGCAUCUUAUUGAUACCAUUAGGCCUUGAAUUACUCAAUCUGUGGUGCUGGAGGUGGGGAGGGAUUAUUCUGGCUCGUUUGUCAAGUACCAAGUUUGAAAUUGAGAAGCAUUUCUCUAAUUUCGUUGGCAUUUCCCUAAUUUUCAUCGGCAAUGUUUCUCGACUAAUGAGUUUUCUUUGGCAUGGUGAUUUCCCAAUUAAUUUUAUUUUAUUACUAUUAUUUUUUUUAUAGAUUGCUAGUGCUGUUGCCCUGUAUUUUCUAAAUUUUAAUUUGAGAAGUAAUUUCCUUAAUUUUAUUUUUUCAAUUUGAUAAGCAUUGCCCACGAAAUUUCGUCGGCUGACAAACAUUGCCUAAAGCAAACAUGUGUCCUUUAUGAAAGGCUUUUGCA